UCACUCACAUUUGACAGAUUCUAACUAGAUUUGUUUUUGCAAUUUGUGCAUUUAUUUUGUGUGUGCAUUGUCGUUUCGGUGAAUAAUUCGAUAAAAUCCAUGUAGUGCGCUGCAAAAUGUCUCUCGGCAAGUUUGAGAACGUUGGUGCGUUUGUGAGAGACUGUAGAAAUGGUACUUUGCUUUAUGACGAAGCGUGUUUGGAAGUGAUCACGAGUGAGACAGUUACUUUCUGGAGCCAGUAUGAGGAAUGUGAAGGAUGCAAGUUGGUGCUAACGAAGACUUUGGAGACCACCGGAGAAAUAGUCUUGAAGACUUUGAGCCCUGUCCACUAUGCUGUGAAAAAUGGCAAUGGACAGAUAUGCAAUGGCACAUACCUCUUCGGGGAAUUCGGCCAAUACACGUUGAACCUGACAGAGGCGACGAAGGAGGAAUGUCUGCCGCGCAUGAAGGCGGAGCCCGACGCGGCGCACCUGCCCAUCCUGACGGCGGUCGUGGUGCUCCUCGCCAUGGCCACGCUCUGGUACAUCGUCAAGGGCAUCGGCAAGAGGCUGCUUACACAUAGCUUCGUCGCUAACUACUUCAACAGGGAGGACAACGAGCUGGGGUCUGAGACGCGCGUCUUAACAGCUGAAGUAUCCGCCCCGCGAGCACCCACGCGUUCCCGGUUGCGCUCCUUGGACAUCUUCCGUGGUUUCUGCAUCGCUCUCAUGAUCUUCGUGAACGCCGGCGGUGGUGGGUACGCGAUAUUCUCCCACUCGACAUGGAAUGGCAUAACUGUCGCGGACGUAGUGUUCCCGUGGUUCGCGUUCGCUAUGGGGGAGGCUCUCGUGCUGUCGCUCAACGCCCGCCUGCGGACCUCGUUGCCACGCACCACGGCUUUCUAUCAGGUCGCCCGUCGCGCGCUGCUGCUAGCUAUAAUCGGCAUCAUCCUGGGCGCCGUGAACGUGUCGUGGGCGCACGUGCGGCUGCCCGGCGUGCUGCAGCGGCUGGCCGCCAUGUACCUGGUGGUGGGCGCGCUCGAGUGCGUCUUCAUGCCCACCAGCCAGAACAUCACGCCCGGUCGUUCUCUGUUCCGUGACAUCGCGGCCGGUUGGAGGCAGUGGCUGGCUACAAUCGUGCUGGUGACCGUACAGGUAUGCGUGACGAUGCUGGUGGCGGCUCCGAACUGCCCCCGCGGCUAUGUGGGCCCCGGCGGCCUGCACAUGUCGGCCUAUGGACAGGAUCUGCGCGGAUGCACGGGCGGCAUAGCGGGAUACAUCGACAGGGUGGUCCUAGGUGCGUCGCACCUGUACAAGCGCGGCAGCUUCCGCAGCCUGUACGCAGCCACUGUGGCCUUCGACCCUGAGGGCCUGCUGGGCAUCCUCUCCGGGGUGCUGGUGGUGCAGGCCGGCGCGCACGCCACGAGGAUCAUGCUCGCUUAUAACCACGCCAGAGCCCGUAUAAUGCGUUGGGUGUUCUGGUCUAUCAUCUUCGGCGUGACCGGCGGAGCUCUGUGCCUGUUCUCAAAGAACGGGGGCCCGAUCCCGAUCAACAAGAACCUGUGGUCGCUGUCCUACUGCCUCGUGACGUCAUCAAUGGCACUAUUCAUACAAGCCGUGUUGUACUUCAUCGUCGAUCUGAAGAACAAGUGGGGAGGGCGCCCGCUCUACUACGCUGGUCAAAACGCGCUGUUCCUAUACAUCGGCAGCGAGCUCCUCAAGAAACACUUCCCGUUCUACUACUCGGUACCGGCGCCGACGCACGCGCAGCUGCUGGCGACACACGCGGCUACCAUGCUGCUAUGGCUCGCGGUCGGCGUCGCUUUGUACAAACGGCGGAUCUUCAUCACCCUCUAAAUGUAUGUUCUUCCGAAAUAUACAGGGUGUUGGUAACGCCGUACCGAAUGCUGAGGGAGUAGAUUCAGCUCAUAAUUCUGAGUUAAUAUCAAGUGGAAUUUCAUUUACUCAAGAUUUUAUUUCGUUCUUUUUUUUAAUUAUUUAAAUUCCAUACAUUGGGAUGGAAAAUUGCUCUUGAUAUCAACUCAGAAUCAUGGUCUGAAUCAUCCCUCAAAGUUUUCGUUACGGUGUCACUAACACCUUGUAUAGGACUGUUUACCUUCAGCCGCGGUCGUAACCUAAGUUUCGUAACUAGUUAUGAACUAGUGAAGACUUCCACAAGUUCCACUUCUAGCGAGCUUCCUCACGACGCGAUGCAAUUCAUGCGAUAUCCGAACAAAUGACGAUUUGAGAAUAGGGUCGUAAGUAGGGUUGCCAGGCCCUAAAAUACAAAGGCCGGACUCGGCGCUAUAUAAGGCCGGACAUUUUGCGAUAAAAGUUGGACAUGUUUUUUUAUAGACAAACUGUUUUUACAGCUGGGCGGAUGAAAAAUGGUGAAUGGCACCUGGCAACCCUAGUCGUAACACCGAAUAACCUUUUAAAAUUCAAACCUAUUAAGUUGUGUCUGGAAAUCAUGACGCGGCAGAAUCGAGAAGGCGAUAGCGUGCCUACGCAUGCGGUCGCUCUCUCUCGCUCUAGCAAAUGACGGUUCUGCGUAACAGAAAAGGAGGAGCAUAGGAAAGUGCUAUAAGCUGCCGCCAGAUGUGGUUCAACCCUUAAGGUUGAUGACAACCUAGUUGACUUUUUUAAAAUUAUCAAAGCGUAUCUAUUAAACUUUUACGAAAUAAUGAGUUCGACAUCUUCAAGAAAUUGUCAAACGUCUAUUACUGGCAAUCCAACCCUAAUAUCGUCGUGAGAAAGCAGCCUAACAAAACAUAAUGUUAGUAACUCAGUGACGUCGACGUUAUGUCCCUCUAGGAGGUCAGCUAUCCUACUUCCCGUUACGUACCAACGUCGAGGAGUAAAGGAGAGCGCGCAGACUCUCUGUCUCGCUUGUACUUACGCUAUAGGCGGCACUCGGUAACAAUCUGAUUUUAGACGGAGUGGAGUGUACAGUCAUGAGUAAUAUAAUGUACCCACUUCAGGACUCUGUCGUACGAACAUAUUUGUCAUUUAGUGAGACUUACAGUUCAAUUUGUCAAAAAAGUGAAUGUGACAUGGUACCAAAGUGUAUACAUAUUAAUGCUCGUGACCGUACUCGUAAGGGCGAGAAUAGUAGACAUAUAUAGAGCGUUUUCAUUUAAUAUAUUAUUUUUCCCAUAUACGCUGUCACUUUCUACUUUGUGUAGCAAUUUAUAAAAAUACUUCUCGUCAAGUUUUAUACAACGUCGUAAUUGGCGCUAAAUUACAUUGCGCUUUAAAGACAGUGAAAAUAAUACUAUUUUAAGUGAGGAAAUGUGAUAAAUGUUAGAAGACGCAAACGCGUUGCUUUGAAUGCCAAAUUAAAAUGAAAUGUCGUCUUUAGGACUAACAAAAAGAAUAAAUAGAAGACGUAUAGACACUCAGAGAAAUUUACAUAACAUGAUGUUAUUUCCCUUUGACAUAAAAAAAACUCACGACUAUGCCCCAAUGGGGGUAGUCAGAACUAAGUACUCACGCCUCACCGAACUUUCUAUUAGUUCAAGGUGACGUCAUUAGCUAUAUUUCUCUGUUCCUAUACAUCGGCCGCGGAGUUGUCCUUGGGCAUAGAAUAAGGAAUAAUACUACUUAGCAAGGUUUACCCCCCAUCCUCGUCUUCAAUUGUAUGGGCGUUAAUUAUAAUGAUAACAGCCUAUAGUCUAUACGUCUUAUAAUUAUUCUUAUGGAGUAACACAAACGACGGUAGCUCAUACAUAACUAUAAUUCGGAAAUUCGAUGGAAUAUUCACCUUAACUUGAUGGUAGUACUAUACUAUAAAAUUAUUAUCAUUUUAAAAAGUCAGGUAAGGCGGUGAAUUGUAAUAUCAACUCUAUAUUAUGUACUACCAUCAAGUUCGGGUAAAUAAUAAAUAUGUCACCCAAUUUCUGAUCUAUAGUCUUAAUAUCUAUAGUUUUAUUUUAUUUAUUUAUUUAUUUAAUAGACUUAUUUACUGAUAGUGUUGAUUAAAUUAGUCAGUUUUAAGAUUUUACUUUGAACUGAACUAUCAUAAUAUUUAUUUAUUUUAUUUAAUUAUACUAUAUUUUUUAUAUAUACUACAUAUUUCUCAAGGACAUAAGUCUCCCGCGAUCUUUCAGGCGUUUGUGUUACUCCAUUACGUAGACUGAUAAAUUGGUUACCUAUUGAUAAUGGUAGACUUUAUUAUAUGAUGGUUUAACUGUAAAAUCGGAUUAUAAUAUGUUUUUAAAGUUUGUAAGCCGUGUGGCAAUUUAGAUUUAUUAGAAAAGGACAACCAUGAAAACUAAAAUCCGAUUUAUAGUUGCAUCUCUUCCACACUCGAGGUGCGUUCAAAUAUCACGCGUAAUAUAAUAAAUUUAAAAACGAAAGGAAAUAUAAAAUUGCAGAAACCAAAAAUUUGCAUCUUUUGAACGCACCUCUUUAGCAUUGUAUUUUAAACUGUGUAUUAAAUACAUAAACGGGCUAUUCACUGGUCGAUAAAUAUAAUUAUCGCUAAUGAAUAUUCCGCGUUAUACUUUUUUAAUAUUGUUUUUCUUUGGUCAAGAUUUUUUAUGUUCGUGCAUUUUUAUAUACUACACGGUAGUAUAGAUUAUAUACUGUAUAUGAAAGUAGUGGAAAAUUCACACCGACCGAACAUUGCCGAAAGCGUCAUAUCGAAAUUGGUUUCGAUUUUUAUUUACAGUCAUUAUGUAUAACUGUAUUUCUUAGUUAUAAAAUUAAUAAAUAUAUCUACAACAAUACGUAUUAUGGUUGGGUGUGUGUCAUUUUUAACUUUCUAUCCCUUCCGUUUAGUGGGUUAGGGUGCUCCCACACCAAUCGAUCGAUGACAGUACAGAAGACUCGACUUCGUUCGUCGUUUUUUUUUCGUCCACGCGCCUUAUUUUCACUUUCCAGGCUACGUUCACCAAAAAACAAUAUAUGUAGAUGGCGUUGUACAGUUUUAACGCGAUAAUUACCAAUUUUUUCAUUACUCGGAUAAAUAAUUAUUCAAAAAUAUAUAAAAGUAAUUGUUGAUUGAUAUUUGGUUGACAUUGGUGCUAAUUCCUGUAAAUACCAUCUAAUUUUAUUUUAAGUUAUAUCUGUCAUUUUCUUAUCCGCCGAAAAGGAAAGGGACGGGUAAUCGACAAGCAUAAAAUUUAUGGAACACACGUCAAUUUUAAGGACAAAUGUAAAACAACCGUCUAAAAAUUUUACAUCAGUCAAUAACCCGACACAGGUAAGUAGACAGCACGUCAAACGGAUUGCAUACCAGCGAGAUACCUUUUUGAUUCGCCCGGGUUAUUCAUUCAUUUACUCAUUCUUCCUAAAAUUAAGAGCUGUGAAUCAUCCGUCCCUUUCCUUUUCGACGGAUAUGAAAAUGACGGAUAUAACUUAAAACAAAAUUAGGCGGUGUCUGCAGGAAUCGGGGCCAUUAUGUAGGUAUAGAAUUUUGUUGCUAUAGCUUUUGCUAUUGCUUCUCUUUAUUUUGACCAGAAUAAUGGGUGGGAGAUGUAAUUUUGCCUGAAUGUAAUAAAAAGAGUCAUCAUUUAUACCCAAAAACAAAGAUAAAAGAUGCAUAUCUCUGUUAUCCGUGAAAUUAGAAGGUUAAACGAAGAAAAACUGUACAGCGCCACCUAUAUUGUUUUUGAGGACGUAGCCUGGAAAGUUCCUCAUUGCUCGCCUUCUACUCGCGGGCGAAAAUGUAUACCUGUCUCAUCUUGCAAAUGACAAGCUCUGAUGUGCGGCGUGAAAUGGGUAUAUUAUAUAUUUUCGAACGUGAGAUGAAUCUGAUCGCUGACGUACGAUUGACGUCAAAUGUUCACUUCAUGAGCAUCGAUUGCAUUGUAUGGUACCACCCUAAAAAUACUCUCAUGUCGAACUGAAGUAAGAUUUUUUUUUUAUUUAUAACAAAUAUUAUUAUUCGCUACUUUAACUACUUUUAUAUCUAUGGGUUUACAUACAUAUUCAAAUAGUGAACGGGUCGUUUUUCUUUUUUAUAUAUCGGAUUUAACAUCUAUAAAAUUAUAAUAGGCUAGUUUCCAACUAGUCAAAUCAGUUACUUUUUACUAAACGUCAAAACACGAAAUUACUAUGGAAUUUGUAUGAAAAAGCACACUGUGACGUCAUACGAAACGUGAUAAAAUGUCGGACUUAUUAUUAUAUUUGUCUUGAUUAAAAUUCAUAAAUAAGUUAAAUAGAAAAAAGAAAAUGUAUUUCGUUAGUUUUAGAUCUGUCUUUAUUUAGUAAUCGGAAUUUCAUAAUUUAUCUUGAACCUAGUACACGACCGAAUUAUAACGGUAAUAAAUAUUUUAAAAUACCCAAUAAAGAUGUGCGUAUAGAGGACUAUUUAGUGUUUAUCUUUAUCUUGGUAACUUACUUUUCUUGCAGGGACAUUCCAAAAUACCCUUAAUUGGAUGUGUAUGUAACGCCCGAAUUUGUACUUUUUAGUAAGAUAUAACAACCUUAACACAUUACCAUUAAAACUCACUACAAAGUAACCUUUUAAAUAUAAAACGGUGUCGACUAUGGCGGGCCGAACUUAAUUUUAAUUUAAAGAGCUGUAAUACGACACGAUUACAAGGGUACCUGCGAAUAGGGUGCGCGCGACCCUAGUUUUUUUUAAUAUAAUAGGCUCGCACAGUAACUGUCAGUACUAUUCAGAGGCGGAGAACAGUAGUCAUAGUAUGGCUUUGUAAUAGACUAUUCUGGGCGCCAUCCCACUUGUGUCAGAGGACUGCGGGGCGGAAGGCAAGAGGGAGACCACUGCCCUUUUUUUCCCUAUAAAGUAGCAUGGAAAAUGCCACACGGCCAAGACCGUGGCUCUUAAAUUUAUGAUGAUGAUGUCCGGGAUGUGACACUACGUAACCCUACUUCCUACCUUAAGACUUAUUUACAAGACUUUAACUAUAACUAACCCUUGAUAUCGUAUCGUGUAUUCGUGUAAUAGGCAUUUUAGACAGGGUUAAAAAGGCCACAUCGAAACAAUUCAUCUAAUAAACCAAUAUUGCUAUUUGACACUUGUGUGCAUUGCGCAAUUAAUAUGCGCAAAUGACAAAUUGCAAUAUUGCUUCUUUAGAUGAACUGCUUCGAGGUGGAUUUUUUAACCCCACAGAACUAAUAAUGUUUAAUAUAGCUAUCUCUUUCCCACAUCAAGCGUAAAUGCAAGGCACUAUUUUGUUUUCAUUAAAUUUUAUCCACCUAAAUCGACACUAAUCCAAUAAUAGAUUAGAAGUAAUAAGUAUGUCAAAUAGAUCUUAUAAAUAUAUUAUUGCUCAUUUCACGUUGAUAGUUAACGAUUCAACUUUCUUUCGAAACUUUAAUUUAGUUCUCAGUUUCCAUCACAUAGAUACUUACAGGUUUUAUGUUUUGAAGUUAAAAAUCUCCAUAAAUUAACCUGGCCCCGCGGCACAGCAACCGCGCCGCUUGGCGCGACUUAUAUCGACGGUUUCUACCUAGAGACGCAGCGAAUGCUAUCUACGUAGAUAAACGCCGUAAAGCUAUUAUAUAAGCCCUCAAUAUAAUUCGUAUAUAUAAGCCCUCAAUAUAAUUCGUGCCGCGGGGGCUGAUUUAUUAGUCAAAUAUGGCCGACUUUAGUGCGUAGUAAACACUAUAGACGGCGACACUUAAGCUAAGCACUUUAGCCGCGGCGUAAGUGCAAUAUUACAUCUUGCAAUAUACUCUGAUUGUGAGAAUAUUGACGAAAAACCACGGACAGAAUUAGUUCCGGCAGUUUUAAAAAAAUAGACCUUAUAACUGCACUAUGAACUUAAUUUGCAUGAGACAUAUUCCGUCUACCAAAAACCAUGGUAUCCUCACAGUAUACUGACAAACAGCAUAUAUGACCCUACAAAUAACGGUCACAGUACAGUAAUAAUAAGGUCGAUAAGUCACUAUUAGCGAAGUAUUGCCAGAUGUAUUAUCGCAUAAGGGCGUAGAUAGUAUUGCGCGCUCAACUUACAGUGGUCAAGUAUUACAUUCGAUACGAAUAAGCUAAACCAGUCAAUAUGAUAAGAAAAUUGCAGGAAUUUGUUAUUCGAUGAAUUCAAUAGGUUGGUAAGUCAAUCACAAAAUCCUUAAGUUACUUACGCACUAGAAUCGGUUUCUUUAUAUAUUGUAUACUUGACAUAGGUUUUUAAUUUCACGUGAUGUAGGUAUUAUACGUUAUAUAAAUAAAUGAAAAGUUAUGUUGAA